AAUAGUCUGGUCUUCUUCUUUUUGGAGUUGAGGGAAAAAAACAGAGAGUAAAAAGAAUGUUGCAGAUCGUGUAGAGCUUUGUGCAAAAGAAAUCCCUUUAGCUUUCGGAGACAUUCUUCUUUGUCUUUCUUUGUGUUCUCAGAGUGGGUUUGAGAGAGAUCUCUAUGGCGAUCGAAGAGUGAAUGGGUCUAUUGGGAUUUUGGGUUUGGUUUUGGGAAUUCUUGUGUGAAUCCACCAUUAAAGGUUCCGUGAUUAAGCUUGUAAACAUAAUAUUCAUAUAGUGCAGAAGCUUGACGCCUGAGCAACGAGAACGUAGGUCGAUUUUGACUGAACCUCGCGAUGGCAAAAUUUUCAGGAAUAUCAUCAGUUUGCCUUUUCAUGAUGUUUAACCUCAAUGUAUCAGCUGUUUGCGGUGUUUGUGCCAAUUUCAUUGUUGAAUUAAAUUUCAGCCUCCUUUUCAAGCAGGAAAUGGAGCUAUCUUCGAUAGGAUUUAGAAUACUAGAAAGACUUCGCUUGUAUGUAUUAAUAUUCUUUUCUUUCGUCUGAUUCCAAGGGCUGAUGAAAAUUGAUAUGAUCAUUAAGGUAGGAUUUAUUAUGAAAAAGGUAACAAAAGGGAAUGUUACAACAAAGUUGUCGGACCUUGGAGGUUAACCUAGCUACGUUCCGCAGCAUGUGGAAGCGGUACUGUCAGAUCAAUUUCUGCUAUUGUGUGUGAUACUAAUGUUCCAUCUCAAUUAGCUUCGUAUUCUGGCAUCUUCUAUAUUGAAUUUUUGAAAAGAAAUUUAUAUUUUCUUAGUUUUUUUGGUAGUUAUUUCAUUUUUCAUGCAUCCAUAUCUGUAUACCUUUUCAAUUUACAGAUCCUCCUUUUACUAUUGGGGAAACUUUACUGGUUUGGUGAAUCUGAUAUUGGAAUUAGAGUAAUUUGCUAUUAGUGUUACUAGAAAAUAAACAGAAACUUGGACUUUGAUGCGAAAACAAUGUUGUCAACUUUGGUAAUGUUCAUAAAAUUGACCAUGUCACAAAAAAAUGCAUGAUUCCUCUUUUGAUCUGUUUCUGGUUUAUGUAUUCCAGUAAAUAUACUUGACUAAUCAAAAUUAGAUAAAUAUCUGAUUAAAAAUCAUGUUGGUUUACGUAUUUAGAGGUUACAAUUGUCAGCGAAUUACAUACUUUCAUAAUUUGUAUUCAUGGUGAUUUUACUUCAUUCUUCUUUUCAUUUUACAUUUCUUACGUAGGCAGGCUCAUGGACCUGGGUUUUGUUUUCUCCUGUUAUGUUCUAUCAGCAAUGGCUAUGAUGCAAACUUAGAUAGUAAGAAUUGGCUAUGAUGCAAACUAAUUUUGGCUUAUAGCUUUUUUGGUUAUUUAGUUAUUAUUAUUAUUAUUAUUACUAAUUUUAUAUAUGAGUUACUUUGUUGUUGUUAUCCAUUUCUUUCCAUGAACAUCGAACUGGUUAGCAGUACACGUACGUGAAAUGAAGCUGAUCAAAUCCUAAUGGUCACUUGCAUGCUUUAAGUUUGGGCUUUUCUUAGUGAGGCUGUUUCGCAUUUACUAAUAAUGACAGAGAGAAAGUGUUGUAAUAUGAUUGUUGUGUUAUGUACUUCGUACAGAUUAUGGCUGUACCAUUGAGAUGCCCAGUCUGUAGUUUAGUGUCUCAGCCAAGGAAGAUUCAGUAUUUUUAAGCAUGAAUUUAGGUGUGGAGGUAAGGAAGUCUCAAACAGCUGUAAAGAAUUCUUCAUUUAGAGUUGGUAGACCUUAUUGACUCUCUCUAUUUUAGUUUCUGCAGGCUGCAGCUACAUUAUAAUACUUUUGUGAACAAAUGUCGUUUUACCUUAUUCAUAAACUUUUAUGUUGUCUAAUUUUGUCAUUGACUUAUCCUGAGUAUGUGACUUGAAAUAACAUUUAUGUUGCUAUUUUGUGCUGUAGUCUUUUAACUGUUUGUCAAAUGUCCUGUACGAUGCAUUUAAUAGGUGAUAUUUCAGAACUUAGAUGAUAGCAUUUUAUAUAGUAAGGUUAAAUUUAAUAGGUGAUAUUAAAUCUUGGACAUUAAGAAACUCUGUGGGAAUGGAAUCUAAUUUCUAGCAUCAAAAUUAAAAAAAAAGUACAACCUGUAAAUAAUGGUUUUUAAGCUAUUGCAUCAGCCUUCAGCCAAGUUAUUUGUGGAUCCUAAGUUCUACUCGAACUUCAACUCGUUGCGAAUUUUAAGUAUAUAGAAACGUGAGAUUCAGCCUCCAGGAUCUUGAUCUGAAUUAAUCUUUUUAUUUUCUUUGAUCUGAUCUAAUUGCUUUUGUUCAGUGGAAUUUUCCUUUGUUUCCCCCAGAAAAAGGAAAAAAAAAAAAAAAAUUGCAGAGAGAGAUGAGCUGUGGGUAAAAUGAGAUCGAUCACACUUGCUGGGGAAUCACGCACGCUAAGUAAAACUUGGAGACCAAGUCCAGUAGACUUGCAGACCAAGCCAAGCACCAAGCAAGGUAAAAUUGGAGACCAAACCAAUAUAGUAAUUGAACUUAUGUUCAUUCAUUCUAAUUCUUGCCUUUAGCGUAGUAGGGGGGAAAAAGCUAUCAUUUCAAGUCUUUCAAAAUUUCUCUUCAAGCCCUUUUUUGGCAAGUGAGAGAUUUCUUUAAGUAGAAAUCUAAGUGAUUUUGUUCCAAGAUUUGUGUUUUAAGUAAUAGAUCUCCUAGCAAGCAUAAAAUUCUUCUCUAGCGUGUGCAAGUAGGAAGGUAGAAGACAAAUUAAGCAGGAAGCAAUCAUGUCUCAGCCGGUAGAUGCUAUGCUCCAAAACCUUUUUCAACUAGUAAAGAACGAGGCACAAUACGCAUUGGACUUCAAAGUUGAGUUUGAUAAAAUGGAGUCACGCCUUGAUCUUAUGAUAGCCUUCAUGAUUGACACUGAGAAUCUCAAGAAUAAGAAUGAAGUUGCCAAGGCAGCUAUAAUCAAGCUUAGGGGAAUGAUUUAUGAUGCUGAUAACGUUCUUACUGAUUGCAUUGUCAGAGAUGAAUACAAGAAAUAUCGAUCUUGCUUCCAUUCAUACCUCUCUGAUCCAUUGUUUUUGUAUAAGACAGGAAAGAAAUUGAAAGACAUCAAUACGAGAAUUGAGCAGAUAGAGAAGAGCUUGGGUAGUUUCCAAAGAGACCCACAUCAUACCAUUCACACUGAAGAUUCAAGCCAUGCUAGAGGAUUCAUGUCUCAGGAUUCCUACCCAUCCGAGACAGUUGGAUUGGAAGCUGAUUUGAAGAAGAUCAAAGGGUGGAUUCUUGACACCCAAGAAACACUUUUGCAAAUUGCCAUUGUGGGGAUGGGGGGUUUGGGAAAAACCACCAUUGCCCAGAAAAUCUUUCAUGAUAAUGAGGUACUAAGUCGGUUUGAUAAGAUCAUAUGGGUUACUGUUUCAAGAGCUUUUAGGGAGGAGCAUGUUCUAAAGCGCAUGUUGGAAAGGUUAGGGAAAAAGGUAUCUGGGUUCGAUAGUAGCCAAUUGCUUGGAGAGUUUCAACAAGUUCUUGCUGAUAAGACUUGCCUUAUUGUUAUGGAUGAUGUAUGGGAAAUGAAUAUGGAAUGGUGGACAACCCUGUGCUCCAUUUUUCCAAGACGAGAUGGUAAAAGCAGCUGCAUCAUAAUUACUACAAGGAAUGAAAAUGUUGCUAAUGAUAUGGGCAUUGAAAACUCGCGGAUCCAUAAGCCUGAUUUUCUAAAUUACAUCGACAGUUGGUCUUUAUUCUCCAAAUUUGCAUUUUCUUCUAAUAAGGGAAUUUGUCCAAAUCCCAAGUUUGAGAAAAUAGGCAAGGAUAUCACGAAGAAGUGUGGGGGGCUUCCACUAGCAAUCAAGACAAUAGGAGCUUUAUUAGCACCAAAGAUUGAAUCGCUUGCUAGUUGGACUCAAACUUGGGAAAGUUUUCAUGACUUGACAACUGAAGGAAGAAAUAAAUCGGUUAUGGCAUCUCUUCAACUGAGUUAUGAUGAACUCCCAUCUCAUCUAAAGCAAUGCCUAUUGUCUUUCUCCAUUUACCCUGAAGACUUCGAGGUAAGAACCGAACAACUAAUCCAUUGGUGGGUUGGUGAGGGUCUUAUCCAGGGCAAAGGCUCAAAAUCAGCAAUUGAAAUGGGGUACGAAUACCUCUUGCAACUAGUGAAAAGGUGUCUUGUCGAAGCUAUGCAACAACGACGCUAUGAUGGGAGGAUCUACAACUGUAAGAUACAUGAUAUGGUGCGGGAAUUGAUCAGCAUGAAUGCUCAGGAGGAGGCAUUUUGUAGCUUUGAUGAAAAAGGCCAGCAAAGAUUGACAGAGGAAUGUCGGUGGUUAGGUUUCAGCAAUGCCAUGCAAGGAAAGCCACUAGGAAACAAGUCGAAGAUCAGAGCAUUAAUUUUAUUGGUGUCAAAUAUCGUGAAGCAUGACUUAAAGAAUUUUGGCUCACUGACAUCCCUUAGAGUGUUGGAUAUCUCAAAUAGCAACUUGAAAGAGAUCAAUGCAGAAGAGCUGUUUAAGUGGAUUAGUUCCCUCAAACGAUUAGCGAAUCUGAAUCUUGCUGGAGUUCGAGGCUUAGAAUCAGUGCCAUCUUCAAUUAGAAAACUUCUCAAUCUUCAGUUAUUGGUUUUGACCAAAUGCGUCGAUCUGAAAAGUAUACAUCCAUCAAUUACAACUUUAAGGAGGCUGAUAUUAUUAGACUCGAGGUCUUGUCCACUUGAGAACCUACCCAGGGGAUUGGGAGGGUUAUCUAAUCUUCAAGAACUAUCUGGAUUCAUGGUGAUGAGUCAGUCGAAAGGAAACUGCUGCCAACUUAUUGAGCUUGGAGAACUUAAACAGAUGAGAGUACUUCGAAUCAACUUAAGUGAUGAUACUGAAGUCUCAGAAAACGAGCUGAACGUCCUAGCUCAUCUCGAAAACCUCAAGGUUCUAGGUAUUGAUGCUGGCAAUUGUAAGAGGAACACCUCAGAGAUCUUGAAGAAGAUGGAUCGGCUAGUUCCUCCUCCAGCGUUGCAGGAGCUGUAUCUUAGGAAUUACCGUCACUCAACUCUACCAUUGUGGGUUUGUCCCUCCCGGCUUACUAGAUUGCAAUACCUUUCCAUUGAAAAUGGAGAUCUUAUCAACUUAGCCCCAGAGGUUGAGGAUGACAAUCAUCACAUUGCUUGGAACAUCGAGGGUCUAUGCUUGAAGUUCUUGGCUCGAUUGGAUGUGAACUGGACGGACUUGCAAAAUGAUAUGCCGGUGCUACGCUACAUGGAGGUUAGUCAUUGCUACAAACUGAAAGGUUUCCCCUGUUCUGUUAAGUCUCAAUCAGUUUUAGAGAAAAAAUCAGGAUUUUGGAGAAAAAAUUAGGAUUGAAGAAAAUCACAAUGUCCAAGAAGUCCUUUAAUUGUGUGAUGUCACUAUAAAUAUUAUUUUCUUUCUAUGCAUUGAUGCUACUGUUGUAAUAUGUGUGAUGUGUGGAUAUUUUUAUGCUUUAUUGUAUUGAUUCUAUUUUGUAAUAUUGGUGUUGGCGUAUUUAUGUAUAAUUGAAAUAAAUUUAACUUUAA